AUGAAUGAUAACACUGAAAAAUACCCACCGAAUAUACAGAAAUUAUUUCAACCGAAACCACCAUUUCCAUAUAUAUCACCAAUAGAUUACCCACCAGAGAAACGGUCAACCAAACCAAUCUCUCCAAUGUCAUCAAUUAAGAAUGAAAUAGAUAAAUAUUUGACUCUGGAACUACCGGAACGUGAAUCAAAAGCCCAGGCUGUGCCGAAGAAGAUUUCAAAAAUCGUGAAGCACAAACAAAAACAACACGAAGCAAACUUGAAACGUUUGGCCAAAGAGAAAGAUCAUGAACGACAAUUAGAAGAAUGGAACAAUCCAACACUUUUUGCAAAACAAGAACGCGAAUUUAUGAAAGAUCCUUUUAGAACCGUUUUCAUUGCUCGAUUGGACUACAAUUUAACUGAGUUGGAUAUAUCUCGUGCAUUUGCUAGAUAUGGGAUGAUCGAAUCGAUAAGAAUAAUAAGAGAUAAACAGGGUAAAUCAAGAGGGUAUGGAUUUGUUGUAUAUGAAAGAAAUACAGAUGCCAUGAAUUGUGUUAAUGAUCUAAGUCGUACUGGGCUAAAGUUAGGGAAUCGACCAAUUCUCGUUGAUAUCGAAAGAAGUAGAGUAUUGAAAAAUUGGCGACCACGAAGAUUAGGUGGAGGAGAAGGUGGAAGAGGCUACGUUAAAGAGGGGAAAGUACAAUCUGUUGCUGCUUCAGCAAGAAGAAUUGUCAUUGCUAAUAAUCCAUCUUUUAACACUGCACCACCACAGCAUGAUCAACAACAAUUUCAAUAUCAUCAUCACCAGCAACAGCAACAGCAACAUCAACCUCAAUUUCAAACUCAAUACAAUACUUAUACAGAUUCCUAUCAGCCACAAUUAUCACAACGUUACUCUUCUGGAUCUAGAACUGCACUGGAUGUGAGAGCUCCAGCAACAUCAAUAAAAGAUAAGUAUGCAAAGUACUCUUCUAUUGGCACCAAUCCAGCAACCGAAAAAACUUACAGCUACAAACCUGCAAGUGAUGAUAGAUCAAUAAGGAAUAUAAGGAGGAGAGAUUAA